GGCGUUUCCUGCACGCUGCGGCACAGUUUUGGACGCGAUGAUCCGCGCUUUGCGAUACCAGCUGGUCUGCUCGCCAGCACAGCUUUCACAAAAUAUCCCGACGUGACAGUGGCGCUGUAUGUUAUGUGGAAAGCACUACAGAUCUGCUACAAUUUGGGCAUCAAAGAAGGGGUUUUACCCCACGUAUCGAAUUUUACGAUAUUCUUAUACGCUUUCUGUACGGCUAUAGAGUUUCAUGCAGGCAUUCUUGAGCCAAAAACGGUACGACCGAGCUACAUCAAAUUUCUCCAAGGGAUGUCAGGAGAUAGAUUUAAUCGAUUUAACUUGGAACCCUUCAGCAUCUAUGGUCAAAAUGCCAGCGAACAAAUGCGAGAAGUUUCCAGAAAACUAAAUAUUAUCAACCAAGCACCGUUGCCUAAAUGUUCACUUGCCUCGUGGAAAUAG